AUGUUUAUCCACAUUGACAAAUCCAAUGUUGUGGAUGAAUCUCACCAGUUGGCCUUCCCGAAUAAUCCGGGACGAUGGCAACCAAUUCCGAUCACGAUGGCGACAUUGAUCCUAGAGGUUCCUAACGGUCAAAUAGCCCAGGUUGUGAAGGAUGUUGGCAUCCGCUAUUCAUUAAUCCGCUUCAACGGCUCACUGAUGAAAGAGAACAUCUACCGACAAAAUGCGAGCCCGGAGGUCGAUGCGGCUUGGAACUCGCUCGGGGUUAACUAUCGCAGUCUCGUCGUCCCAGAAUCCGAAGCGGCCGCAUCCGGGCUGCAACCAGACCAAGUGAAGGUGGCCAAGAAGUACGGUGGAGGCUACGUCGCGAACGUCGAGGGUCUGCAUCAACUACACUGCUUGAAUCUCCUCCGACAGUCGCUAUAUUACAACUAUGACUACUACAAAGCGCAAGGCAAAGGCGCCUUCCUGAACGACGACCACAUCGUCCGGGUCCACGUCUCCCACUGCCUCGACAUCCUCCGCCAACAACUCAUGUGCACCGUUGACUUGGGCGUGCUGGGUCAAGUGUGGUGGAACCAGACCGCGCCGCGCGCGUAUGUCGAUUUCAACACGCGGCAUAUGUGUCGGAACUUCGAUGACGUAAGAGAGUAUGCGCAGGCGAGGCAGCUGCCGGUGGAUAUCCCGCCGGACUAUUUGGAGCCGCCUAAGGAGGGGGAUACGGUGUAUGCGGAGAUGCCAUGA